GAGAGUUCUUAAAGGUUUUGAGUAAGUUUCCUUUGAGAUUAAUAAAGAGAGUUAUUCUUUAUUUUUGAGUUCUUAUACAAUCUUUUAUAAACUUGAAUGAGCAAAAAACUGUGUGGAUGUACUCCAGUAUCUGAAGUUAAGCUAUACUAUUCAUAAAGCUUUUGUUUAUAGAUUUGCACACUCUUUAAGUCAUAAUGGCUGCUCUGUUUCUUUAGACAUAGAUUUAGCACUCAUGUCUUCUAUGAUCAAUCCUGUUUCUGAACUUCUUAUUAUUGUACACAAUUCGUUUGCCUUUUUUGUUCAUAGAUUUACUCUAAUGGCUAUGUCUCUUUUUUAUUACUAUUAUUAUUGUUUCUUCAUUUAAUAACUGUCGGUAGGGUACUCACAGAUCAAAAACACGACAACGUUUAAGUAUCAAUCCGUAUAAUCUAAAAUCGUCGUCUCCGGCGAUGGGUUUACACAGACUGAGACUCGCCGCGGCGGUUCCUGUAACCGUCGUCUCCACAUUCUCUUCUCGCCUCUUCCUCAAGCCAGGUUUGUUUUCCCCCCAUCUUCAACCACGUAGUAAGCCUCUCUUAGUCAGAGCCUUCUCCGCUUCCGCCGCCGUACAAGAUAUUCCGGCCACUCAGCCUCAGUGGAAGGCGUCGAUUGAUUUCAAAUGGAUAAGGGAUAAUAAGGAAGCAGUCGAAAUCAACAUCAAGAACAGGAACUCCAAUGCUAAUUUGGAUGCUGUCCUUGAGCUUUACGAGAACAUGGUCAAUCUCCAAAAGGAAGUUGAGAGGCUUCGUGAGGAAAGAAACAACGUUGCAAAGAAGAUGAAAGGGAAGCUGGAGCCAUCUGAACGUGAGAGACUAGUAGUAGAAGGUAAAACUCUCAAGGAAAGUCUUGUGUCUCUGGAAGAAGACCUCGUGAAGCUUAAAGAUGAGCUGCAACAUGUAGCACAGUCUAUACCCAAUAUGACUCACCCUCAUGUUCCUGUUGGAGGAGAGGAUUCAUCGGCAGUUAGAAAGGAGGUUGGUUGUCGACGUAAGUUUAGUUUUCCAAUCAAGGAUCAUCUUCAGCUUGGGAAGGAUCUUGAUCUCAUUGAUUUUGACUCUGCUGCAGAGGUUAGUGGUUCGAAAUUUUUCUAUUUGAAGAAUGAAGCAGUUUUAUUGGAGAUGGCCCUUCUUAAUUGGACAUUAUCACAAGUCAUGAAGAAGGGUUAUACUCCCCUGACCACCCCUGAAAUCGUGAGAUCUUCUAUCGUUGAGAAAUGCGGUUUCCAACCUCGUGGAGAUAAUACUCAGGUGUCAUCACUUGUGUGUUUACUCUGUUUGACAAGUAAACCUUUUUGUUUGUUGUGUUUUUUUGCCAAUGAUGUUUCAAUUCUUCUGUAUAGGUUUAAUCUAUAGAUGGAACUGACCAAUGUCUCAUUGGUACCGCUGAAAUCCCCUUAGGAGGAAUCCACAUGGACUCUAUUCUUCUUGAAUCAACAUUACCUUUAAAAUAUAUAGCAUUCUCUCAUUGCUUCCGUACUGAAGCAGGUGCAGCUGGCGCCGCCACCAAAGGUCUUUACCGCGUUCAUCAGUUCAGCAAAGCAGAAAUGUUUGUCAUCUGCCGACCUGAAGAUAGUGAAUUCUUUCACCACGAACUCAUUCAGAUUGAAGAGGAUUUGUUCACUUCUCUAGGAUUACACUUCAAAACACUGGAUAUGGCCACAGCGGAUUUAGGCGCUCCAGCUUACCGUAAGUUUGAUAUUGAAGCAUGGAUGCCUGGUUUUGGACGAUUUGGCGAGAUAUCAAGCGCAUCGAACUGCACGGAUUACCAAAGCCGGAGAUUGGGAAUACGAUACCGCCCAUCUGAACCACUUCAGACGGGUCCUAAGAAAGGCAAAGCGAACCUUCCAGCUACUAAGUUUGUGCACACUCUAAACGCAACGGCGUGUGCGGUCCCGAGGAUGAUGGUGUGUUUGCUGGAGAAUUACCAGCAAGAAGAUGGAUCCGUGGUGAUCCCUGAGCCUCUUAGGCCUUUCAUGGGAGGCAUCGAACUCAUCAAACCGAAGCUCAAGUAGUUUUGAUGAUUAGCUCUUUGCAGUUCUUACUGUUAUUCCUCUUGUACUUGAGUUUGUUCAUUUUCACAGGCACUGAGUUUUGUUGUGUUUUUUUUCAUUUUAUGCAACUCAAAACACACCAUUCAUAUUAU